AUGGAAAAGGAGAUGGAGCAAACCAGCAAAGAAAAUGGUUCUCCUUUCCAAUUUUAUACGGAAAGGAAAACUCCCAUCAAGAUCAGCAAAGCAGCAGUGGUCAAGAGCCACCUGAGGAAAGACUGCUCCUGCACAACCAAAAGAAUGAAAGAUACCCUCAUGAACUUCUUCCCUGUGUUACAAUGGCUGCCCAAAUACAACUGCAAAGAAUACAUCUGUGGAGACAUCAUGUCAGGCCUGGUCAUUGGGAUCAUCCUAGUUCCUCAAGCAAUCGCCUACUCUCUGUUAGCAGGCCUGAAGCCCAUCUUCAGCCUUUACACAUCCUUCUUCGCCAAUAUCAUCUACUUUCUCAUGGGGACCUCCCGACAUGUCUCAGUGGGCAUCUUCAGCUUAUUAAGCUUAAUGGUUGGACAGGUUGUGGACAGAGAACUGCUCUUGGCAGGGUUUGACCUCAGCGAUGAUGCUCAGGAAGCCACGGAUGGUAGAGGCCCUUCUAAUGUCACUGUUUACAAUUUUACCCUCGGCAUAGUGGGUGGGGAAUGUGACAAAGACUGCUAUGCCAUUGGGGUAGCGACGGCGUUGACCUUCAUGGCUGGUGUUUAUCAGGUUCUGAUGGGAAUUUUUCACCUUGGCUUUGUGUCAGUGUACCUUUCUGAGCCCGUGCUAGACGGCUUUGCAACUGGGGCUUCGUUAACCAUUCUGACAGCACAAGUGAAGUACCUCAUUGGAAUAAGAAUCCCUCGUGUCCAGGGUUAUGGGGCCUUAAUUACAACCUGGGUUAACAUUUUCCACAAUAUUUCCCAGGCCAAUUUCUGUGACAUAAUUACGAGCACCAUCUGCAUCACUGUACUGGUGAUCGCCAAAGAACUGGGAGACAGAUACAAGCAUAAGCUCAAGGUCCCCCUUCCAACGGAGCUGGUGGUGAUCGUGGUGGCCACCCUGGUUUCCCAUUAUGGGCAGCUGAACGAGCUUUAUGCCUCCAGUGUGUCGGGGGAGAUUCCCACCGGCUUCAUCCCACCCCAAGUGCCCAGCUUCAGCCUCAUGCAGAGAGUCGCCGUUGAUGCCGUACCACUUGCCAUUGUCGGCUUUGCCUUCACGGUAUCACUCUCUGAAAUGUUUGCCAAGAAGUACGCCUACACGGUCAAGGCCAACCAGGAGAUGUUUGCCAUUGGCUUCUGCAACAUUAUCCCAGCGUUCUUCCACUGCUUUGCCACCAGUGCAGCUCUGGCCAAGAGCCUGGUCAAAGCAUCAACGGGCUGCCAGACUCAGGUGUCCAGCCUGGUGAGUGCCGUGGUGGUCCUGCUGGUGCUGCUGUUCUUCGCGCCUCUCUUCUUCAGCCUGCAGAAGUGUGUUCUGGCCUGCAUCAUCAUCGUCAGCCUACGGGGAGCCCUUCGGAAAUUCAGAGACAUUCCCCAGCGCUUCCACCUGGACAAAACGGAUGCACUGGUUUGGUGCGUCACCAUGCUCUCAUCUGCUUUGAUCAGCACGGAAAUGGGGCUCCUGGUCGGGGUUGUGUUCUCGGCCCUGUGCAUUGUGGGCCGCACCCAGCGCCCCCACGUGGCCCUGCUCGGGCAGAUUGGGAAUUCCGCCUUCUAUGAAGAUGAUGAGCGCUACAAAAACCUUCUGCCUGUCCCAAAGAUCAAGAUUUUCCGCUUCCAAGCACCACUUUAUUAUGCAAAUAAGGACUUUUUCCUGAAGUGCCUCCAUGGCAGGACGGGGCUGAAUCCUGCUGUGGAAGUGGCCAAAAGGAAAAGGGCCAAGAAGAAAGGGCAACUGAGUCUUGAGAAUGGAGGUGGGCAAGGAGACACCACUUCAUGCCUGGUCAGUACACAAAGCGACUGCCAGGCUAUCAUUGUGGACUGCUCUUCCAUCCCAUUUCUGGACACAGCUGGUGUGAGCACCCUGAAAGAAGCACUCAAAGAUCACCAGGAACUGAAGAUCACUUUUCUUCUGGCUUGCUGCAACCCCUCCGUAAUAGCAUCUCUAGAAAGAGGGGGCUACUUGGAGAGUGCAAAGAAGGACAUACAUGAUUUGUUGUUUCACAGCGUACACAGUGCGGUCCAGUUUGUAAGAGAGAAGGAGAUUACAGGAGAUGAAUCUGUUGUAUAGCCCAAGAUGCAAUCAAAUUAUGCCAGCACCUGGCAGUUGACAUCCUACAUUCCCUGCCGAGAGGUUGCCAUCUUCCACAUGU